CAACCAGCAGACUGGAAGCUUGACUAGCAUCAAAAUGCCUUUUCCCUUCUUAUCACUUCCCUUCGAGAUUAGGCUCCUCAUUUACGCAUUUUACAUCAAUGCUCAAACCCAAACAAAACAUUACAUCAAUUCCGAAACCUACAUAGAGCGUUGCACCCGUCGAUCAUUCACGAUCAAUGCAUUUGAGCUUCUCCAACGCACCCUUGAACGACGAUACCGCCAUUUACUGCGAGCUGGAUGGAUUUCAUUAUGUCUCGCGAGCCACCAACUCUACGAAGAAAUGCUUCCCUUCAUACACUGCCAUCCCAUCAGACUGACUCUCGUCGAUGACCUCUUCUUCAACCACGCCCAGGAUCAACUCUUUCACUGGCCAAGUCAGCAUCCUUGGCUAGUAGCCAAUGUCAAGGAGAUUCGCCUCCACUUGACGUUCUCCGGCCGCCAAUUUAGAGCGUAUGGCACAGAAUUAGAACAAGCAGCCGAGAACGAUCUAUUGUACGACAUGCCUAGCCUCACGUCUGUGUAUCCAUCAGAGAUGAGCGUUCGAUUGAUGAUAUCUGGCGACCUGUAAUUGGGAAAGAAAGAAUUCGGUUUCAAGAGAAGAACAAUCUCUCCAAAC